AACAUUGUGGGCCACUCGUUCCCUUUUGCGGGUCAUGUACUCAUUUUUCUCCUAAAACCCUAGAAAACUGGAACCUUAAACCCCUGGCUCCCUCCUUCACACUAGUCAGUAACUUUUGGAUCUUCGAAGAACCAUGAUACCCCCUCGAAAGUCGCGCCCUCGGCGUAACGGAACUGUUCCCUCACCUCCCCCGCAGGUAAUGGGUAACCCGGGAAGCUUUAUGCAAGACCAUAUGCAAAAUCAGCAUCAGAUGGCAUUUCCAAACAACAAUAACCCUGGGCAGCUUUUGCCAUUCCCAAUGAACCAGAUGAAUAAUAAUGCGAAUUCUCAACAAAAAGGUCAAUUCUUGGCCCAAAAUACUGUUAACCCACCUCAAUUUUCGAAUCAGAGUGUUGGUUUUGGUGGUUGUUUUCCCAAUCCAAUGCAAAAUAUUAAUCAGCUCCUCCAAAUGCAAAUGGCUUUGCAAAUGCAAAUGCAAAUGCAAAUGGCAAGUUAUGCUCAGGUUGUUCCUGGGAGUGUGCCCAUGUAUCCAAACCAGGUGUCUUCUCAGGGUAUGGGAAUUCAAAAUUCUAACAUUGCCAUGAAUAAUGCGCAUUUGGAUCGUGUGAAUGCAAGUGGAACUGCCCAGCAGUUGCAAGGGCAGUUGCCAGUGAUGAACUCUUUUGGCAUGGGUCAGCAGCCACAAACUCAGAACUUCAAUGCUCCAGCUAAGCCGCAGGUUUCUCAAGGUAUGGGCCCUCAGAGUUCCAACUUUGGCAUGAAUGGACAUUUGGGUCUUGUGAAUGCCAAUGUUGCCGUCCAGCAGUCUAAGAAUGGCUCAUCUAAGCAAAUGCCUAAUGCGGCUCAGCAAUUGCGAGGCCAGUUGCCUCUGAUAAAUCCUUUCGGCUUUGUUCAGCAGCCACAGACUCAGAACUUCAAUGCUCCUGCUUCUGCUAAUACACAGGUGUGUCAGGGUAUGGGGCCUCAAAGUUCCAACUUUGGUGUGAAUGCACAUUUGGGUCUUUUCAAUGCCAAUGGAACUGUCCAGCAAAUGCCUAAUAUGAAUCAGCAAUUGCUAGGCCAGUUACCUGCGAUGAAUCCAUUUAGCUUUGUUCAGCAGCCACAAACACAGAACAUCAAUGCUCUUGCUUCUACUAAUGCACAGGCAAAUUCUGGAUGUGUUGUUGGCCUUAACCCAUUAAAAGGCAACCAGCAAAAUUCUUACAAUACUAACUUCUCUAGGAAUCAAAAGCGUGGCGAAAAGAAGUCUAAGUUUGGUAAAGGGAAGUUCUCAACUCAUAAUAAAAGCCUGGAAAAAGGUCAUCACAGAAAUUCAGAGAAAAAAAACAUUCUUACUAAUUCAGUGAAACCUGAGAUGGAGAAAAAGAGAUCUCUCUUGGUGACUUACUCGGCACAAGAAAUCCGACAGUGGCGAGAAGCACGCCGUAAGAAUUAUCCUUCAAAAGCAAACAUUGAGAAGCAGCGGACAGGGAAAAUGGUAGAGUCCGAGGAUAGUUCAUGUGCUGCCAAGUUGCGCCGUCGGCAACUUAAGGAAGUUCUAGCCAAGCAGGCUGAGUUAGGCGUUGAAGUUGCAGAAAUACCAUCAUCCUAUCUGUCAGAUACCGAUAAACAAGUGGAUGUAAGGGAUCAAAGAAGGCCACUGAGUAGGAAAGAGAGGUUCCAUAAGAGGUUCAAUAAAAUAGAUAAGUUCAAUCGAAAUGAUCGGUUCUCCAAGAAACGAAGAUUUGGGAACUCCAAUUCAUCGAAUACUCGUGAUCAAAUGGGUUUUCCUGCAGGAAAAGUGAACGUGAACCGUGAAUCUGCAACUAAAGCUGCACAAAUUGCAAGAGAACCAACACUACUACAGAAGCUAUUGAGUUCAGAUAUUCGGAGAGAUAAACGCCGCCUGUUGCAGGUCUUUAGGUUCAUGACCAUGAAUUCUUUCUUUAAAGAUCAGCCAGAUAAACCCUUGAGGUUUCCUCAAGUGUUACUUAAAGAAACAGGGAAAGAAAUUGAAGCUGCUGAAGAAAUAUAUGAUGCCAUAGACACAACCAUUGAAAAAUCAUCAUCAUCAUCAUCAGACGACGACGACAAUGAGGAUGAAGAUAAUGUUGCUCAACUUACAGAACCGGUCAGUCAGUCUUGAGAAAAUAGUAACAGUGAAAGUGAAGAAUCUCAAUGAGGCAAAACAAAUCACUGGUCAGACAAAACAGGCUGCAUCUCUUUCGUUGUUUAGUGUAUAUGAUUGUUACCUUCAUCUUAAUUUUGUGUAUAUUCUAAUACCUAAAAUGUCAUGGCAGUGAUUGGAAACUUGAUUCUCAAGGAUGACCAACAGUUAAUAUAUUAGUUUAUUUUAUAUCUUGUAA